AUGCCUAGUGACACAGUGAGGAAGCGGGAACUCAUCCACGGCAGCUCCGUGACUCCCGAUGAAGGUGAAGAUGUGCCCGUUCUCCAGCAGUUGUUUGGGAAACCCCAGCAGGUGUUACAAGGAGACACGUACAAAGUCAUUCAAGACUGCUUGCAACUGAUCGCAGACAGCGACACACCUACUAUACGAAAAGGAGCCUACACGUUCGUUCCGUGGCUGCUCAGCUUUAAAAGAGGAAGGGCCCUGGAAGAAAAGGAAAAUAAAAUCCUGGUGAAAGAAACCGGUUACUUCUUUAUAUACGGGCAGGUUUUAUACACGGAUAACACCUUUGCUAUGGGACACCUAAUACAGAGGAAAAAAGUCCACGUCUUUGGGGACGAACUGAGUCUGGUGAAUUUGUUCCGAUGUAUUCAAAAUAUGCCUGAAACACUACCCAAUAAUUCCUGUUAUUCCGCUGGCAUCGCAAAGCUGGAAGAAGGAGAUGAACUCCAACUGGCAAUACCGCGGGAAGACGCUAAAAUAUCGCAAGAUGGAGAUGGCACGUUUUUUGGAGCAUUGAAACUUCUGUGACCUACUUCUACCUUGUUCGCGGCGAAUUCCUUCCUUUCUCUGUGCCUCUAAGGAGAGAACACUUCACUGGAAAUGCCAGAGGAAGAAAACCAGGAGUUACCGAACUCUUUUCUGUGAGCUAUUUGUUUUGAUUUGCUGAACCUAGAGCAAAACAGGAAAUUGAACAGACAGCCGCAGCCCAGGGGUGUCAUGUGAAUUACAAGAAAUAGAACCCGUUUGAGGAAAGAUAGAAGUAGCCCUCUCACUAUAAAAGCCACGUUGAGCAACUUAGGCAUCGCGGCUUGGCUGGUAGCAAACACAGGUUUCCGAGGGGCGAUAAUCCUAUUUCUUCCUAAACGGCAUUCCGUUGUGCGCCGGGGAACAAGUGCCCAUGUCCGCAGGACCUUAAUUGAGACAUUUUGGGAAAUCUCAGGAUUCAUCCCCUCUAUA